AUGGAAUCUAUGGAGGGACUGACAGAAUGUGUUAUAGCAGCAGCUCUUGCAAGAAUUGGCUUCAGAGUUCUACAUUUGGACAGAAAUGAUUACUAUAGCAGUGAGUGGGCAGUAUUUAACUUUGAUGGCAUGCAAAGAUGGAUAAAACAGGAGCAGACAAGGGCAUUGGAAAAAGAGGCCCCAUUCUCAAGUGAACCAUAUCAAGAAUUGCUGGAAGACGGAGAAGUAUUAAUUCCAUUACCUCAGCAUGGGACGGGUACUUCCAAUGUAGUUGAAAAAGUUUUCAUGAAGGAGGCUCCUGCAGACAUUGUCGAAGUAGAAGAUAAGACAAGUAAACUUUCUUUGGCAUCAGAGGCCGCACCUAAUAUUACUUCCCAGGAAACCACUGAAUCAUCAGAAAUAGACAGUCAGAAUGUGGACAAUUUGCUACAGGAUAGUGACAUGAGAUUUGAAGAUACAGUGGUGUCAGAAACAGUUUCACAAGGUGAUCAUUCCACUCAAAGUCAAGGUAAAGAUCAACCUUUGACAGAGAGUGAAGAACAAAGUGAAAAUGCAAAAAUAGGACAAGAAAAAAAUGAAGAAAAUUCUGUAGGACAACUAGAUGGUGCUGAAGCUACAGGGAAAAUGGACGAACAACCAAAAUCAGACAAAACUGAACCAAAUUAUGACAAUGUAGAAUUUGUUGUGCAGGAGAGUGACCAUAAGGCUCAAGGUGCUGGGGUCAAGGUGGCCGAGAAAGAACCUAAAAAGCCGGACAAAGUCAGAGAGUGGACAUUAUCAGAGCUGAAGAAAGAGUGGAGAAGAUUCAAUUUAGACUUGGCUCCAAAGGUUUGUGGUUGA